AACCUCCGUCUGCAGUCGCUCUUGCUCUUGCUUGUUUGGGGGCAGUAGAGAAACGGAUUUGAGUGAGGACAAGUUGGUGUACUUUGCGUGUGCUCAAGAUGGCUGAGAGUAAGAGUACUUUAAUUGCAAGAUCGGUGCAGAAACAUGCUGGGAGAGCGAAAGAAAAGUGUACACGCUGGGGAGUGGGGACCCAGCGACGCGUGCAGCGUCUUCCCCCCAUGAUUUUACAAAACCUGGGCAAAGUAGACAGAACUUCAGAUGAAAUCUUUGAGGAACAUCUUCAAAACUUCACACGACAACAGAAUGCUGCCAACAGGCUGCAAAAGGAGUUCAACAACUACAUUCGCUGUGUUCGUGCUGUCCAAACUGCCAGCAAAUCCCUCUUGGAUUCGCUUUGUGAAAUAUAUGAGAGUGGUUGGACAGGGCACGACCUCCUUUACGUACAGGCUCAAAAUAUUGAGAUGCUAUGGCAAGACUUUAACCAUAAACUAGGCGACCAAGUUCUCAUCCCACUCAACACAUAUCAGAGUCAAUUUCCAGAGAUGAGAAAGAAAAUUGACAAACGUGGACGCAAACUUGUGGAUUUUGACAGUCAACGACACAACUACCAGUCUCUUCAGGCAGCUGCAGCAAGUGGAACUAAGAAGCGAGAUGAAAAUAAGAUCAGCAAGGCACGUGAUUCACUCGAUGAAGCCAAGAGGACUUACGAAAUGUUAAACUCUGAACUACAUGAUGAAUUACCAGCAUUGUAUGACUCACGAGCACUUUUCCUUGUCACAAAUCUUCAAACAUUAUUUGCCGCAGAACAAUUGUUCCACUCUGAAACGUCUAAGGUUUACACAGAGCUUGAGGCUGUCGUAGACAAAUUGGCCACCGAAUGUCAGCGAGGAUCAUACACCUUGAAGAAAAAUAAUGCGUCUCCCAAGUCUCCCAUUAUCAACAACAUGAAUUCAAGUAUAACAUCAGUACCACACUCUGCGGGCAGUACACCUGUGCCCGUCGAAAGCGUGACUCCAACUACUAACCAAUCCUCACCUUCCUUCACAGCUUCCAAACUGGCCACAUUGUCCUCAAAUGAUGCAGUGCCGCAUAUAAAUGGCGACUCAAAAAAACAAAACAACAACUCCAUCCCUGCGUCCCCAACCUCACCAAGUCCGUCAAGCCCUGAUGCAAAUGAAACACCUGUUGCAAACAACUCGAUUACAUCUGCCCCUACUGCAAAUUCCACCAAUGCCAAUUCUUCCACUCCAACCAGUCCAACCAAUGGCAAAGUACCCAACAACAAUGCUAACAACAAGCCUGUUGAGGAGCUCUAUGAUAUUCCUGUUGGGGCCACAACGGACAACUUGCCACCUGGUGUUCUCUACAGGGUCAAGGCUACCUACAAAUAUACUCGUGAGGAUGUGGAUGAACUGUCAUUCGAUGUUGGGGAAAUCAUCAGAGUUGUUGAAUAUGAUGACCCUGAAGAGCAGGAGGAAGGUUGGCUUAUGGGUAUCAAAGAAGGCACAGGUGAUAAAGGAAUGUUCCCAGCAAAUUUCACUCGACCCUUGUGAAGCCUCUAGCGACUUAUUCUGCGAUGCAGCAAAAUCACUUGUGUAUUUUGUUGAAGCUUUAGACAUUUGUUAUUUUUCAUUUCAUGCAAACCAGGUUGUCUAGCAACAUGAGUGUGGUGUGCUUGGGAGUGUACUUGCCCCUAAAUUGUCAUUGUCAUGCCAAUGGUUUGUUGGAAUUUGAGAAUUUUGAUUGAUCAAUGGACUGCUUUAAACUGCCUUUCUGUGCUGAAAUAAGCAUACCUUUGGUGAACACUCUUUAACUACAGAGGAGCCAUAGUGUGUAUAAUUGAUAAACCGUUCUUCACAUAUCAGUAGUUUUGAUUGGCAACAUGGAGUUGUGGCCCUUUGUGCACAACUGGUAUCCUAUGAAGUCAUACAAUUCCAUCAAAUCAGUCACAAAGGGUUUCAUUUGUGUGAAUUUUUGUAUCAAGUGAUGCUACAGUAUAUAAAAUUAUUUGUAUAUACAUUUUGUAUCAAAAGUUUUUACUAAAUGACAUUAGAAUUCAUGUCUUUUGUAACAAAAAAAAAUCAGCUCUGGUUUUACUGGCUCUUGUGAAGGCCUCAGCAUGUCAAGAAUUAUAUCAAAGGAUAUACACUGGUGGCCUUAGUACUUGAUGAUAAUGUGAUACGUACUGGUGAAGCGUACUGGUGCCAUUAACUGAUUAGAUGAUGCCUUUCUUCUCAUUUGUUGUUUCCCUGUUUUCAAGAAACUUUAUAUUGCUCAUUGCUUCCCCAAUGUUAAAGCAUAUUGUAUCAAAAUAUUGUCAAAGUGUGAUUUCUGUCUUAUAGAUGUUGCAUUUCUAUUUUUAUUGUUCAAAGAAUUAUUAAAACUUCUGCAUGGCAUUUCUUAGUCAACCAUUAAAUCAAGAAGUGUGGAAUUAAUGCAAUUGUUUUGUGCUAAAUUGGGAGGGAUAAAUAUUCAAUGUCUGUUGCAGUAUUUCUUUGUAAUGCAUCACAACAAUUGUGUAUGUCCCUAUGGUAUUAAUAAGAUUGGCAGUAUUUAUUCCACUUACAGAUUCUGUUCUGUAAAAGCUCUUUUCAUUUUCAUGUUACCAUCAUAUAGUAUCUUAAAAGUGUUAAUCUACACUUAGUACUCGAAUCAUCACAGUCCUUCAAGUAAAAGCUAACAUUUUCUAACAAUGUAUUUAAUAAAAUCUAAUGCUUUUUUCUUAAGUUUAGGACAAUAUCAAAUUCAAGGAUGGGACUUAACAGUAACUCUUUUGAUGGGAAUCAAAAGUAUAUUUUUUUAAACAUUCUGAAAAGGACAAGCAUGCCAAUGCCCAUAUGUAUUUAGUCAUGUGAAAUGUGCUGUAAAACAAAUAUGUGAGUAUAUUGGAUAAAGGUGAUUUAUAUGUGUUUAAUGAGUGAUUAUUGCUGUGCUUGUAUGUUUGUAUGUGUCUGUGUGUGUAAUUAUGUAUGUGAAUGUACAAAUGAUCGUGUGGAUGAUAUAAGUUGUAUGUUUGUAGAUUUAACGAUAAAUUGAUAUGUAAGUCACUUACCUAAUCCUUUGAUGAAGCCGCUGGUUAAACCUUUACAACAUUGUCUUCCCCACUCACGGCCUAGCAUAAAUGUUAUCUUAUAGGCGUACAAUUUAAGUCUUUUGUAUUUAUUCUAAUACAUCAUGACCAGGCUUAACAAUUUUCUUCUCAUUAUUUUCUUUGUUAGAACAUUGACAAUGAAGACUGUUAAGAAGGGCCAAACUUGAAAGAUGAUGUCUGUGACUUGCUUCAGUCUGAUAAAUCUAAAAGAAAGGAACUCAACAUAUUUUGGAUACUAAAUGAAGAGUUUAUAGUAAUGAAUUUUAACUUGAAGUAUGCCUGCUAACUUUUUUAUUCUGUAUUUUGUUGAUGAGGAGUCAUCUUGUUAAAGAGAAGGAGCCUUGUGUUGUUCUUUUUCAGUCCAAACACGUUUUUAAAAUGUUAAAUUCAUAAUUGUAUUUUUAAAUUCUCUGAAGUAUUUUAUUUUUCCCCUUGUAAAUAUUUUUCCUGCUGUCUGCUGAGAUUUUAAAAAUUGUGAAAUUGUGACUGUUGUGAUUUGAUAUAUUGUUGAUCCUUCAAAAUAUUGUGAGCAUCUGCGUAAUGUUUCUCUUAGUAUCAAUCUACUUGCUCCAGUUUGCUUGAAGAUUGUUUUUCAUGUGGGAAUGUUUCUUCUUAUUCUUUACAUCUUCCAUGGUCUUCCUUCUUUGUCCACUACUUCUCCCGUUACCCCUUCCAUCUGUGAAUUCAUAUGAGUGUGUGUACAAUAAUUUGCUUUUUUAGCCUAGCAAACAACUAACCAGCCUCCAAAGCUGCAAUUCAAUUUUAGUUCAGUAGAAAGACUUUUAUCUAAAUGUCUGGAAUUUUACUUUCUGAAUAUCUUGUUAGCUCAGCCUUUGGAAUCAUUUGAUAUUUGUCUCACUUCUUGCAUGAUGGCUAAGUCAGUUUUGUUAAUUAAUUUUAGGACUUCUGGAAUCCUUUGCUCAGGACCUUUGUUUUGAAUGGGUGUUGUUCCGUAUGUGUGAUCUAUUGUGCAUAGUUUAUUUUGCUUCAGGCUCAUGCUAACACAAACUUGUGUGUUUUAUUUAAUGAUACAUUUAGAGAGAAAAAAAAAGAUAUCUCAUGUCUUCCUAUUUAGUCUUAGUUCAUCUAUUCAUGUUCUAUUUAGUGUAUCAUUGGUGGUGUUGAGAGGAAUUUUUGUCAAGCUUCUUCAGUAAUGAAGGCUGGCCUUAGCAUGUGAAGUUUGUGGGAUAUUCACAAGCAGAGGUGGUAAAUUUUCCUCAAUUCACCAUUGAGCUUCCCCAAAUCAUUGACAGUGCUUCUGAUUGUGCCAUGAUGUCUUUUAAAGUUCUCUCAAUUAGACACCAGUCGGCAAACCCUUAUUGUAGAUUUGAGUUCAUGACUGCAAGAUCUAAUUAUUAUACAAUGCUCAUUAGGAAGGAAUUUAUGGGAAAUUUUGUGAAGUGUGAAAAUUUGGAGUGUCACAAUUUUCUUGUGUAUUAUAUAUAAAUAUAUACAAUUGAAUACAUGAAUGCAGUAGAACUUUGUGGAAGCGUGCCUCCUUACUCUGUGUGCAUUUAUAGCUAUCUUUCACUGUUAUUUCUAUGUUUAUAUGGAAUGAGGAUGCUGUGUGUAGCGAUAGGCUAAAAUGCUAGUUAUUCUUCCUAAGGCACUUCAGGUUAUGGACUGUUUGUUGCUUGUACAGGGUUCUACUGUGUGUAAAUGUAUUGUAUAAUUAUUAUACAUAACUAUGUACAGAAUGAGAAAGAUAUAAUUUAAAAUAAACAAUCAAGUUACACAUA